AUGGAGCUAGAGAAUGACACACAAAUUUCACAAUUUCUUCUUCUGGGAAUUUCAGAAGACCCAAGGUUGCAGCCUGUCCUCUUUGGACUGUUUCUUGCCAUGUACCUGGUCACUGUGCUUGGGAACCUACUCAUCAUCCUGAUCACGAUCUCAGAAUCUCAUCUACACACGCCCAUGUACUUCUUCCUCUCCAACUUGUCAUUUGUGGACAUCUGUUUCACCUCCACCACUGUACCAAAGAUGCUAGUAAACCUCCAGUCACAUUAUAAGUUCAUAAUGUACACAGACUGCAUCACUCAAAUGCUUUCCUUCAUAUUCUUUUCAGGACUGGACAUCUUUCUGCUAACCAUAAUGGCUUAUGAUCGAUAUGUGGCCAUUUGUCACCCCUUACAUUACACAGUCAUCAUGAAUCCCAGACUCUGUGUGAUGAUGGUUGUGGUGUCCUGGAUAGUAAAUGUUCUGCAUGUCUCAUCACAAGGCUUCAUGGUGCUACAGUUAUCCUUCUGCACAGAAUUGAAAAUUCAUCACUUUUUCUGUGAGCUGAAUCAGGUGUUACAACUCACCUGUUCCGACAACUUUGUUACUGUCCUUGUCAUGUAUCUUUUACCUGUGUUGUUGGCAGCUGGAUCCCUCAUUGCCAUCCUCUGUUCUUACUAUGAAAUACUUUCCUGCAUACGUGCCAUCUCAUCAGCUCAAGGGAAAUACAAAGCAUUUUCCACGUGUGCAUCUCACCUCUCUGUUGUCUCUUUAUUUUAUUGCACAGGAAUAGGUCUAUAUCUGAGCUCUGUUGUAACAGAAAAUUCGCAGUCCACUGCCAGAGCCUCAGUUUUGUACAGUGUUGUCACUCCUAUGUUGAACCCAUUCAUCUAUUGUCUGAGGAAUAAAGACAUAAAAAGUGCUGUGAAAAAGUUUUUGAGAUAG